AGUAUAACUCGAACUAGUACUCCGCUCAAGGCUGUUUCCUCACCCAAGAACCAAAUCAACAUGGAGGACCUAGCUGUUGAAGUAUGCGGCGAAAACGGAGCCCUUUAUAAGGGCUACGUUAUAGACGUUUUCGACGAUGAAGUACUCAUACAUUUUGAGGAUGAAUGGCAGCCAGACUCAAAGUUCCAUUUUUCACAAGUUAGAUUGCCUCCUAAGCCUGACCCUAAAGUUGAAUUCACAGAGAACAUGGAAGUGGAGGUGUAUUCGAGAUCGAAUAAUCAGGAAGCGCACGGUUGGUGGAAAUCAAGGAUUAAGAUGAUGAAAGGCGAUUUCUACGUUUUGGAGUAUGUAGGUUGGGAUACUACUUACACCGAAAUAGUUAGUAAUGACCGUCUUAGAUUGAAAAAUAAUAAUCCACCAAUCGAGAGGAGUACGUUUCAUAAAUUCGAAAUUGAAGUUCCUGAAGAUGUUCGUGAAUACGCUAAAAUAGAAAAUGCUCAUAAGGAAUUCCAGAAAGCUAUAGGUGCCGGCUACAUCAGCUACAAUGCCGACAAGGGCGUCCUCGUAGUUAUUUCAAAAUGCGAAUCGAGUCGUAGGAGGGCCUCCCUGCUGCAAGACAUGCAUUUUAGAAGCCUCUCACAAAAAGUGCUCUUAUUGAAACGUACCGAAGAGGCAGCGCGGCAAUUGGAAAGCACUAAACUGGCAACUAUAGGAGGUUAUUCGGACGAAUUCAUCGUUAGGGAGGACCUGAUGGGUCUGGCGAUCGGGGCCCACGGUGCCAACAUCCAGCAGGCCAGGAAGGUGGACGGCAUCACGAACAUUGAGCUGGAGGAGAACUCUUGCACGUUUAAAAUUUAUGGUGAGACUGACGAGGCUGUGAAGAAGGCGAGAUCGAUGCUGGAGUACAGCGAAGAGUCCCUCCAGGUGCCCCGAGCCUUGGUGGGCAAAGUCAUCGGGAAGAACGGCAGGAUCAUACAGGAGAUCGUCGACAAGAGUGGGGUGGUGCGGGUAAAAAUUGAGGGCGAUAACGAGCCACAACCUACAAUACCGCGGGAGGAAGGUCAGGUACCUUUUGUCUUCGUCGGCACCGUAGAAAGUAUAUCGAAUGCUAAGGUUCUCUUACAGUAUCAUUUAGCUCAUCUCAAGGAGGUUGAACAGUUGAGGCAGGAGAAGCUUGAGAUAGACCAACAGCUGCGUAGCAUCCACGGCUCGAGCCUGGGCUCCAUGCAAAGCCUGUCGAUGGGCAGGAGAAAUGACCGCGGCUACAGCUCGGACAUGGACGGUGGCAACAGGACCGGCAGAGGCGGCUCUAUGAGGGGCCGUGGCGGAAGAGGCAGGGGAGGCCCCCGAGGCGACAGAUACAAUUCUGGUAGGUCCCGUCACCAAACUCCAGACACAGCAGAUGAGCGUGUUAGCGACUUACCACCACGGUACUACCCUAGAGGAGGCAGGGGGCGCCGGGACAACCGUAGGGAUGACAGACGCAGAACCACCGAUGAUGAAGAAACAGUGCUAGACAGUCAGGACGUCUCCAGUGCCGACAGAGAGUCGGUAUCGAGUGUAGAGGCGGCGUCGUGGUCUGGAGGCGGAUCCCAGCGCAGGCGUAGGCGUCGCGGGAGGCAGCGCAGUCGCACCCCCUCUCAACCGGUCAGUGAUCAAGUGAACAACCACAUGGGCACCGGUAAUCCGGAGUCGACUUCGCAAAUCGACAACAACGGCCACUCCGAUAACUCUACAAAGCCGCAGAGGGACGGCAAGAGCCGCCCCAACAGACCGCCUCCGUCCCGCAGGAACGACGCAAAGCCAAAAGAAGCAUUGGUGAACGGCACAACCACAUAAAGCCAACGCGCCUGGUGCCAAACAACUACCCAGUAAUCCUUGUGCGCUCGUACAUACAUAGGCAAGAACAAUUUUUAGUUUCCUUAUCGUUAAAAGUUGUGUUGCAUAUCUUUUCCCGGUGUAGUAAUGAAAAAAAAAAGUGGGCGGUCUGCUGCCCCAUCACGGAUGAGACCACAGAGACUGCUUGGUUCUGUGAACCGUUGCAUCUUUUGUUGUAAGACUGCUCAGUGUUUAAAAGUGGUGGCUGCCACAACGGGUGAAGCUUACUGCGAUAGACAAUUCAUUUAUAUAACCUCAAAGAAUUUGUGACUACUUUUCUAAUUUUCAUACAUUACAUGUUACUUAGCGCACAAAUCGCCAAAAUUUAGGAUGUCAUCUAUCAUUUAUAGCCCAUCGGUGGAAGGUUGUCUUUCAUCCUGUAUUUAUGUAUUUUAUUUAUUAUUUUUUAUUUUGUUUGUUUCUAGUUGGUAGACACCCAAUGUAACUAGUUUGUAUAUUAGUUACAGAUAGUUUUUUUUUCUAUAUAUUUUUUCAUUUUAGUUUUUAAGUGUAACAGUGUAAAUACAGCCUCCCCCUAAUAAUUCAAUUUUCAUUAUUCUUACAGUGUUUGAUUAGGUGCUCCCCUUAGUUUUGUUACACUGUUUGUUUAUCUGCUGUGUAUUGGUAUAACACCUUUUGCAUUGAAUAAAACAUUCAAUAAUUUUC